AUGGGAAAUUGCUGUGGAUAAUCAACAAUAUUGGAAUGUCAAUAAUAACAAAUAAUUACUAAAGAUUAAAUGGAAGCAGAAUAAGCGAAUAAAGCUGCUAUAAAAAUCUAAUGUAAUUCAAAUAAAUAUUGCCUAAGCUUUUGUUAGAGGAUACUUGAUUAGAAAAAAACACAAGAAUUAUAAAAAUAAUAAUAGUGCGGCAAUAACAGCUACUAAUGAAUACAGUUCAUCGAACAAAUAAAGCAGGUAGGAAAUUUAAUUGGGCGAUCUCAAAAAGUUUAACUCUUUUUCAAAAGAAACAAACAUACAUUAAAAUGUAAAAUAAAUUGAGAAGGUACCAGAAAGUCUUGAUAAUUUAACAAAAUCAGUAUAGUUAUUAUUUAAAUUUGAUUUCCUUUUUAGUUGAGAAAAGGCCUGCCCUAAUUUAUUUAUGAUGUUAACGAAUCGGAACCAGACUUGAUAAUGAGAGGACCUGUACAAGAUGAAUACGAUCAUAUUUAUAUAGGUUAAUGGAAGGAUAAGUAUAACCCUUGGCUAUUUUAGUGAAAAAUGGGGUAAAGGAAUAUAAUACUGGCCAGAUGGAUCAUAUUAUGAAGGUUAUUGGAAGAAUAAUAAAUAGAAUGGGAAAGGAAGAUCAAUACAUGUAGAAGGAGAUGUUUAUGAAGGAGAUUGGAAAGAUGAUAAAGCUCAUGGUUAUGUAAAUACAUAUAGUAUUUCAUUAGGGCAAGUUAACUACUUCUAAUGGUGGAUAUUACAUAGGUGAAUGGGUUAAUGAUAAAUAAAAUGGUAAAGGAAAAGAGCAUUGGCCAGAUGGAGCAAGUUUUGAAGGAAAUUAUGUUGACGGCAUCAAAUUCGGAUAAGGAGUAUAUGCUGUUGCAAAUGGAUCCUAAUAUAUUGGAGAGUUUGCAGACAAUUGUUUUUGUGGUUAUGGAAUAUAUAAAUGCUCUGAUGGAACUAAAUAUAUUGGAUAUUGGAAAUAAAAUAAAAUGAGUGGAUAAGGAGUAAGAUUUAUAAAUUUAAUAAAGGAAUUCUAUUGGAAUGAUGGUUCUAAAUAUAUUGGAGAAUUUCUUAAUGAUUAAAGAGAUGGAUAUGGUACUUUCUAUUAUGGUGAUGGAAGAGUAAAUCUUCUUAUAUUAUUUAGAUAUAUAAAGGAUUAUGGAGAAAUGGUAAAAGACAUGGAAAUGGUAUAUAUAUAGGCAAAAAUAAAAUGGAAAAGUAAGGCAAAUGGUAAAAUGGAAUAUUUGUAGAAUGGGAUAGAUAAUUUACAAAUUCAUCUGUUGGAGAUGAUCCUUUAUUUCAUUGA